UUUAUCAACGGAUUAAAAGAAAAAACGAAACCAACACAAGAACAGAAGAAAGCUCAUCCUUAAAGGGCCAAGCUUCCUCUGGUGACUACAAUCAAUGGCUCACUUCAUAGACCUUAACACUCUCACCAACACUUUACUCUCGAUAUCUAAACUACGUGAGACUCGGAAAAUCGUAAAAUCGAGCGGGUUUGUUUGUAGGAAAACCACCACAGAUGACUCGGUACAGCUUCCAAGACGGAUGAUGACACUUGGAUUUGCUGUCUCCAUAGCUCUGUCUGGAACUUUCGGCGGUGAUAAUGUUUCUUUGGCACAAGACAACAAUGGGUUUUGGAUCGAUGGUCCUCUUCCAACUCCUCCUAUUUACAACAAUAUCGUGAACGAGCAGACAGGGACGAGGUCGUUCUUGAAGAAAGGAGUGUAUGUAGCUGACAUCGGGACCAAAGGAAGAACGUAUAGAGUUAAAAAGUAUGCUUUCGAUCUGCUAGCUAUGGAGGAUUUGAUCGGACCAGACACUUUAAACUAUGUUAAAAAGUACUUGAGGCUUAAAUCCACCUUCUUGUUCUACGAUUUCGACAAUCUCAUCUCUGCUGCUGCCUCCCAAGACAAGCAGCCUCUCACUGAUUUGGCCAACAGAUUGUUCGACAACUUUGAAAAGCUUGAAGAUGCAGCUAAAACGAAGAACUUAGCCGAGACAGAAUCGUGUUACAAAGAUACAAAGUUUCUUCUUCAAGAGGUUAUGACCAGAAUGGCCUGAAGCCAGUUCAGUUUUCACUGGUUUACUUGCUGCUGAAGAUCAUUCAUUCAUGGUGGAUAACACUCUAUGAUCAUGAAAUGUAAUCUUGCAUAAGUCAACACCAAAAGAAAACCUUAAAAGUUAAUAAGAAAAAUGUAAUAUUGGGAUAAUGAUAAUCUAGCCAACUCUCUUGUAUGUAUAAAUGCUUGUUUUAAGCUGUUUGGAUCA